UUCACUCUGUUUACACAACAGUGAUGCAAGGUCUGUAGUUUUUAUUUUUAUUCUUUGUGACACAUUCACACUAAACACUUCCACACUCCACCCCCCUUAAUUUGUGUGACAUACUACCCCUUCCUCACACCAUGUGUUACAAUCCUGUGGUCUGAGGUUCACGUGAAUCAUGCUCAACGGUGUAUAAAUAGUAGAGAUAAGCAGAGGAGAGGUAGAUUGGAGAUAUUGAGGCAUAAGGAAAAACUGCUUGUUUGGGUGCCAUCAUGAAAGUGUUGUCAGUAUUAGUCCUGGUGGGCUUCCUAUGUGUUAGGACUCACUGCGCUCCUACACUCCAGAAGACCCCACUUCCUAUCAUAUUCCCAGGAGAGAUCCGUAACAACAUAAGUGACCUACAACUAGCUGAGAACUACCUGCAAAAGUACGGAUACCUGGGCUUGGAGCAGGGGUCUGAGAGUCAUGUCUCCCUGCGGAAAGCCCUUAGCCACAUGCAACGUAAACUGGGACUGCAAGAGACAGGAGAUCUGGAUCAAGAAACAAUGGCUGCCAUGCGAGCCCCUCGCUGUGGAGUGCCAGACAUAGGCCAGUUCAACACAUUUGAGGGAGAAUUAAAGUGGGAUCACCAUGACAUCACGUACCGUGUUCUGAACUACUCCCCUGAUUUGGACCCUGAAAUCAUAGACGAUGCCUUUGCUCGCGCCUUCAACGUCUGGAGCGAAGUGACCCCCCUUACAUUUACACGUAUAUACGAUGAUGUGCCUGACAUUGACAUCCUAUUCGGAUCUGACAAUCAUGGAGACCCCUACCCAUUUGACGGCAAAGAUGGCCUCUUGGCUCACGCAUACCCACCUGGUAGUGGCGUGCAAGGGGAUGCACACUUUGAUGAUGACGAGUUCUGGACUCUUGGCACCGGAGUGGUUGUAAAAACACACUUUGGAAAUGCAAAUGGAGCUCUGUGCCACUUUCCAUUCAUAUUUGAAGGCAAAUCAUACUCAACUUGUACAGCAGUUGGACGAUCUGAUGGACUUCCUUGGUGCAGCACAACCGCCAACUACGAUGAAGACCGCAAAUAUGGCUUCUGUCCGAGCGAAUUGCUUUUUACAUAUGGAGGGAACAGUAAUGGAGAGCCCUGUGUCUUCCCCUAUAUCUUCGAUGGAGAAUCCUAUUCUAGUUGUACCAAGGAAGGUCGUUCUGAUGGGUAUCGCUGGUGCGGUACCACUGCCAACUAUGACACAGAUAAAAAAUAUGGCUUCUGCCCCAACAGAGACACUGCUGUGAUUGGUGGAAACGCUCAAGGAGAUCCUUGUUUCUUCCCAUUUUCAUUUCAAGGAAAAACGUAUAAUUCAUGCACAAGUGAUGGUCGGGGGGACAGGAAGUUAUGGUGUGCAACCACCUCUAGCUACGACCAAGAUAGAAAAUGGGGCUUCUGCCCAGAUAGAGGGUAUAGUCUGUUCCUGGUGGCUGCUCAUGAGUUUGGCCAUGCUCUGGGAUUGGAGCAUAGUGAUGUCCAAGAUGCUUUAAUGUACCCGAUGUACAGCUAUGUGAGUGAUUUCCAACUUCAUUCUGACGAUGUGAAGGGGAUUCAGUAUCUGUACGGUCCUAAGCCAGGUCCAGGUCCCAAUCCUCCAGUACCUACUAAGAAGCCAUCACCAACAACAACUUCAUCCCCUACUACAACCACCACUACCACCACAACCACUGCUGGUACUGACCCCGUGGACCCAACACAAGAUGCCUGUAAAGUAAAAAUAUUUGAUGCCAUUGCAGAACUGCAGGGAGAGCUUCACUUCUUCAAGGACGGACUGUAUUGGAAAGUGUCUGCCAAAGGGCAGGGUCCUCCUAAAUCUCCACUCCGUAUCGCAGAUACAUGGUCAGCUCUGCCUGACAACAUCGACACUGCGUUUCAGGACCCCACCACCAAGAGAAUAUUCUUUUUUGCCGGACGCAAAUUCUGGCAAUAUACUGGUAACAGUGUUCUGGGCCCACGCAGUAUCGAAAAGCUGGGUGUGGACAAGGAUGUCCAGGCUAUCUUGGGAGCUAUACCCAGAAAUAAUGGAAAGGUGCUGUUAUUUAAUGGGGAGAGAUACUGGAGACUAGAUGUAAAGGCACAGACUGUGGAUAAGGGAUACCCAAGGAAUACAGAAGAUGACUUCGCUGGUGUUCCAAGCGACUCACAUGACAUUUUCCUAUAUGGAGGAAAAUAUCACUUCUGCCAGGAUCGCUUCUUCUGGCGCAUGACAUGGCGCAAACAAGUGGACAAAGUGGGGUACGUUAAAUAUGACCUCCUGCGCUGUCCCGAGCAUUAAAGGAGAGGAGCACGCACCAUGGCUGGUGGUGAAGGUGAAUGAUGGGUGGGAACACGAGAAGAACAGAAGAUUGAUCAACAUUUUCAGUUUGGACCAUAUGCUGUGAUGAAGUUGGGAGAGGGCGUGAACCCCAAUUUUUGUAACCCGUCCCACUUGCAAGACAUAUGUUUUGAAUUUUUUGGGGUAUAAAAUAAGAAUUGUACAUGGUGGUGAGCUGUAGACACGGUUGCCACUUUAAUCCCUGUGACCCGCAUAGCGACCCUUGUAGCAGUAUGUGUGUAUGUCAAUGUAAAAAGUCUGCCUGGUGCAGGCUGGAGGAGAGUGUGUGAGUAAUGGUGAGAUGAUGCACUCAUGAAAUGAGCAAGAUGUGACCUUUUCAGAGAUUUCCAUAAUAUAUUGUUUUCUUUUCUAAUAAAUAUUAUUUCUUUCAAACUUA